GUUUAGCAUCAACUUCGGCUGUGAUUGCGAGAAUAAUUCGACGGCCUUCCACUUCAAUCCGCGUCCCACAGAGGGCGUGGUCAUCCGGAACGCCAACCUUGGAGGCUGGGGAGAUGAGGAGAGAGACUAUGAAGCUGAGUUCCCCUUUACACCCAUGAACUACUUUGACGCCAUGUUUGUCUGUACAGAUGACCAAUAUGUUGUCCAUGUAAAUGACAAGUACUUCACUAACUUCGGCCACCGCUGUGGAGUUCCAGACGCAAGUCAUUUCCACAUUCAAGGUAACAUGGAUAUCAAGGACGUCGAGUACUACGAACCCCUGGACGAUGACUUUGUGAAGGAGAUUCCAUGUGGUCUUGAGAAAGGAGACGUCGUCUUCUUUAAGGGGUUUAUGAGGCCAGGAGGUGAUACUUUCUCCGUCAACCUAAUGAAUGGACCUUCUGCCGACGAUGACAUCGCCUUUCACUUCAACCCUCGAGUGGGAGAGGGAGCGCUGGUGAUGAACUGCCGGAUGGGUGACUGGGGCGAGGAGGAAAGGGAAGACCUUCCUUCCUGUUUCACAAACAAUGAACCAUUCGAGAUCAAAGUCGUAACAAAGAGCAGGAAAUUCAAGCUUUACGUGAACGGUAAAAAGGUUGCCAAAUUUGACGCCAGAGGACAAGUAGGCGACAUCAAGGGAAUCAACGUCAGAGGUGAUGCCUUUAUAUACCAGGCCAAGCUUCAGAGGAAAAUGGAAAAGCCAGUAGCCAUUGAGAGAAUCCCGGGUGGUUUCCGUGAAGGAGGAUGGGUUGUAAUCCAAGGAAUUCCAAAGAAAGGAUCCGGAGGAUUUGCAGUAAACUUGACAUGCGGUGAUGACGACGCUGAUGACAUUGCCAUGCACUUUAACCCCCGAUUGGAAGAGAACUGUACCAUUCGAAACACGUGUACAGGAGGUGAUUGGCAGGGGGAAGAAAGAGACCAGCCAAGCUUCCCUUUCGAACUCAAGGACACAUUUGAAAUCGCCAUCAAUGCCCAACCAGACAAAUUUGUUACAUUCGUCAAUGGUCAGAGGUACGUGGAAUAUGCCCAUCGCCUCCCGCUGGACAGCGUGUGCCACUUAAAGCUAACAGGAGAUGCUGACUUCUUUGAACCAGAGUUCUUCUAAAACCAUCCAAACAGUCCUGUGGAAACAACACCAGAAGAAAUAGAGCAAGUAGGGAGUAGACAUACUAGUGACACAGACUUUUCAAUACAUUCAUGCCUCUAAAAAGAUAGUAUGCUGCAAUUAUUGCAUGGACAUAUGACUAUAGAUGGACACCGUUCUAGACAGAAGGAAUUAAACAACAGUGUAUUAUAUAUUAUGUAACAGCUAUGGUGUAUCUUUAAAUAUAUCAAUAUGCAUGUAUGAAGGAUAACAUGUAUGCGCUUUAUUUUACCGACGCAAUCAAUGAGAGCUUAGCACAAUCUGUCCGAAAAAAGGUACUUAAUGUCGUUAUAUUUGUGAUUUAUAAUGUUAAAUAAACUAUUUUAUAUGA